GAUUCCGGUUCAGCUCGUCAGCUGUUCGUAGAUCUUCGCACACAGUUCGGCAUGUUCCGCCUACACAUCGGAUCCUGUCGAUCGUGAGCUAGAGCUGUAUUUCGUCCCCCUCGUUCUCUCUGUGUUGUUGUCCUCGGUGACGCGACGGAGGUGUAGCCUGACGCGGUCUCUUACGUGUCGGACUAAAUAAAAGUGGAGCUCCGGAGGCCUGGGAGUGACGAGGCGAGUCUGUGUCGGGUAAGAAGAGACGCAUUCGUGAGGGAAAGAGAUUAUGCACUUGGCGCUUUAGUGAACAUGUCGCAUUGCUCGAUGCGUCUGUAACAAAGAGAUCAUGGCGGCGGUGGGCAUGUUUCUCAACAGCUCAGACUUGCUUGGAGACAAUGAGUCAGUCAGGCAGUCGAAGGAGGAAAGCGCGACAGUUCUACAAAGUACAUGUGUUUAAGGAAAGGAUAAGAUAUGUGCAAUCUAAAUGACCAUGGAGGCAGGAGCAGAUGUCCAGCAGGGCGGCAACACAGCAGUCUCAGAGACAGACACUCAGCAGAUUGCCACCUUGGCGCAGGUUUCCAUUGCUGCAGCACAGGCAUCAGCCACUGCACCCACAGUGACCUUAGUUCAGCUGCCCAAUGGGCAAACGGUGCAAGUUCACGGAGUCAUCCAGGCAGCCCAGCCCUCUGUCAUCCAAUCCCCACAGGUGCAAACUGUACAAAUUUCUACCAUUGCUGAGAGUGAUGAUUCACAGGAGUCAGUGGACAGUGUGACGGAUUCCCAGAAAAGAAGAGAGAUCCUGUCUAGACGGCCCUCAUACAGAAAGAUCCUGAACGACCUUUCAUCCGAUGCUCCAGCAGUCCCACGGAUAGAAGAAGAGAGAUCAGAGGAGGAUUCCACACCAGCCAUUACAACUGUCACUGUGCCAACACCUAUCUACCAGACAAGUAGUGGACAGUACAUUGCUAUCACUCAGGGUGGGGCGAUCCAGUUAGCCAGUAAUGGAACCGAUGGAGUUCAAGGGCUACAAACCCUGACCAUGACAAACGCGGCAGGCGCUCAGCCCGGCACCACCAUCCUGCAAUAUGCACAGACCAGCGACGGCCAGCAGAUACUGGUGCCUAGCAAUCAAGUGGUUGUACAAGCGGCCUCAGGAGAUGUUCAGGCGUAUCAGAUCCGCACUGCAGCUUCAGGGGUGGUCAUGGCCUCCUCUCCUGCACUGCCCAGCCAGGGAGGAGCUGAGGAGGUCACACGCAAGCGGGUGGUUCGGCUAAUGAAGAACAGAGAGGCAGCACGGGAGUGCCGCAGGAAAAAAAAAGAGUAUGUUAAAUGUCUGGAAAACAGAGUGGCCGUGCUGGAGAAUCAGAACAAAACGCUCAUCGAGGAGCUCAAAGCUCUAAAGGACCUUUACUGUCACAAAUCUGAAUAACGGCCCUCACACAUAUGUGCUGAACGGAUCUUUUCUGGUGCCUCAAGAGACAGAGACUCUGAACAAACCACAGGCACCUGCACAGCAUCUCUGUCUCUCUUCAUUUCGAUUUCCUUUUUUAAAAAAUAUAAUCUUCUGUAAAAAUCCAGUUAUCAGGAAUACAUUGUAAGUUUGUAUGUGCAAACUUUUUUAUUUCCUUUUUUGUCUUCAGAAGAAAGAGAGUCAGUUUCUCUAAGAUAAGAAAAUUAAAUGCAGGGUACAGUUCAGCUAUCAAACACGUUGCCCUACUUAAGGAGCGAUGCGAACCGUAAAGAGCACCUUUCAGUUGCAACCGUGACAGGGAAUGAAUGUUUGUGUGGGUUUAUCAUGGAAACAGCCCAGGGUGCUGCUUCUGAGACUUGCUCCUGUCACUCUUUUGAAAGACUUUCCCACACUGCACCAGUCGUAGCUGGCGCUGCCUCCGAGCAUGAUUAAAGAGGGAUGGAGUUUCUCACUUUUGCAGCAUGGGUCUUUAAUGAUUGAGAUUAAAUCAGCUGUGCCCUCUCAUGUUGUUUUACUGCUUCUGUUACUAAUACAUAUACUCUUAUUUUUGUUCUUAAACACACACACACACACACACAUUAAGAGCUUUAAGGAAAAAAACUCAAGUCACAUUUGUU